GGUGGCGGGCGCGGCUGUGGUUUGCUGGGCGUCAGGCAGCGAUUGAGGGCAAUGUGCGAAACGGCGGGAGCAGGCGGUAUGGGAAAUGGAGGUCUUUGUGGUGGGGGCGAGGACAACAAGGCUCAGCACUAUAGUGCGUUUUGAAGGGUCCAUAACGACGGGCACAUAUAGAAACCCGGAAAGACAUGUUUUGUCCAUCCUUCCAUUGGGGUGGGUAGGGGUGGGGAGCCUGAACCUGGGCUGCCUAAGGCUAGUUUGUUUAUUUUCCAGGGGGGGUAGCCAUGUUACUCUGUAGCAGCAAAAACGAAAAGGCAUCUUGAAGAUCCUAGUGCAUGGCCUUGGAGCCAGUGGUUACACAGACAAUGGGUCCAGAGAGGAUCUGUCCAAAUGAGCAUGAAGAGCUGGGGCUGCAAGAGACACCUGAUGGAACCCCUGAACCUGCUGGGGAGUGGAGUGGUGAAGAACCUGAAGAGGAGGAGGAAGAUGGUAGUAAUGGCUACUUGUACCAGCCACUGAAUCAAGAUCCAGAUCAGGGACUAGCAGCAGCUGAAGAAACGGAACCCAGCACAGAGCCAGCGCCCGAUAUCAACGAGCGACUUCAGGCAAUGAGACUGCAUCUGCCUGACCCACCUGUGGACAGCGAUGAGGAGGAGGGAUCUGCAGCUCAAAACUCUCACAGCUCUAUCCCUAUGGAUCCAGAACACGUGGAGCUGGUGAAAAGGACUAUGGCCGGAAUCAAGCUCCCCACGCUUGGAAUCCCUGCGUGGGCCAACGAAAUCUCGGACGACCAGUGGCAGGAUAUGGUGCAGCGAACCCUGCAAGCCCGGCAGAGCCAGAGCAGCCCCAAGCCAGAAUGGAAGUGAAGGAUCCUUGCCUCCAGCUGAAAGAGCUAAACAUGAAGUGCUGCACUUUAAACCCUUGUCUCUGAACUGGUUGGGUUAGAUAUUUAUCUUUCACCAGCAUUGAAACUCUGUGUUCACCUUGUCGCAUUGAAAAUAUGGCUUAAUUCAUAAGGGUUUGGGGUUGUUGUGGUUUUUUUUGUAACGCCCAGUCAUAGCUACUUGAGUGGUGGUGCUAGUGAUAUCAGGCUGUUUUCCUAAGCUUGGGGAGAGGGAGAAGCCUCUAGGAGAAAUAACCAUCUCAUGAAAUCGCCCUUCGACAUGCAUGAUUCUAGCCCUGCUGUUUAUACUCUCUCCCUCACCAGCCCCACUCCCUUAUUCCAAGUGACACAUGGGCUAAAGAGCUAAACAUGGCCAUGAGGUGGAGUCCAGCGUGUCAUCUUUUCAAGAGAUCCAUUUUAUUUAGUUCUGUACAUACAGGGACAUCUGUACAAAAUCCAACACUGUCAUACUAUGUAAUACUCUACUGAAAAUAAAGUACACCAUAUGUACAUAAUGAACUGUAAA